AUGGAUGCGUCAGUGGUCUACGCUGACUUAAACCUAGCCAGGACCCGAGAGCCUAAGCGCGAGUCACCUCCGUCUUUUCCCCCAGACACCUGCCGGUGCCCGCGCUGGCAUCGGUUGGCUCUGAAACUCGGCUGUGUUGGUCUGAUCCUUCUUGUCCUGGGUGUGAUUGGACUUGGUGUCUUAGUGCUAUCCUUAUUGCAAAAAACAUCACAAGAACAGGGUAGAAAUAUAGCAUGGUUCUUUCUCACUUCAGACAGCCCAGCUAAGUUAAACUGCACAAAAAACUGGCUUCUACACCGAGAUAAAUGCAUACAGUUUUCUCAAGAGAGCGACAUUUGGAAGACAGGUCUAGCUGACUGUGCUACAAAAGGAGCCACUUUUCUGCUCAUUCGAGACCACGAAGAGCUGAGCUUCAUAAAGGCCUCAGCAAAUGCAAAAGGCACUACAUUUUGGCUUGGACUAUAUUACACGUUGCCGGACAAGAAAUGGAAGUGGGUAAACGGCUCAACUUUAAGUUCUGAUGGAUUACAAAUCACUGGUGAAACUAAAAAAGACAGCUGUGUCGCCAUCUCAAAGAACAAAGUGACUUCUGAGGCCUGUGAUUCACACAACAUGUGGAUCUGCCAAAAGGAACCAAAACUCGUCUCUGAGACCGUGUGUAAUGACUCCUGACUGCGAAUCCUGUCUUCAUUACUUCACCAUCCAACCAGAUCCCUGCACUCAAUCUGUCUGGGCCGUUGGUCACCCUCCCCUCAGGUGGACUCGAAAGCCACUGUGACUCCUACAGAUGCCGGUGUCCCAUUUCUUUAUUCUGUAAAGGGGACAGAGAUGCUGAUGUGCCCUUCUCAGAGAGGUGUUCUGUGGAA